AUGUGUUUCUUGAUUUUAGAAUCAUCUCCUCGCACUAAAAACUUUACAGCUUUGCUUGGCAUCCCACCGCAACAGUUCAAGCUGUUCAUGGACAGUAUCAUCUGGGCAAUUAAGCACACGAUGUGUGAUAUUGCUGACACCGGACUCAACUUAUGCCUUGAUGUGGUCAACAAUUUUGCUGGCGCAGAGACUGCUGUCAGCAAUGCGUUUUUCCAACAGUACUUCCUGAGUAUUGUGCAAGAUAUAUUCUUUGUACUCACGGACACAGACCACAAGAGUGGUUUCAAACUUCAAAGUCUUCUACUCGCUCGCAUGUUCCAGCUAGUUGAGACGAACCAGAUCCAAGCACCCCUAUUUGAUCCUGCGCAGAUGGCAGAUCCUACCGUUUCAAAUUCCGUGUUCCUUAAAGAAUAUUGUGCCAAUCUAUUGAAGACAGCAUUCCCUCAUGUGCAGAACUCGCAAGUUCAAGUCUUCGUCUCGGGUCUUGGCGAGUUCCACGGCGAUAUCAACCGCUCUAAGCUCGCUCUACGUGACUUCCUCAUCCAGCUUAAGGAGAUCUCCUCUGGCAAUAAUGCCGAGCUGUUUUUAGAAGAAAAGGAAGCAGAAGCACAGAUGAAGGCCCAAGCAGAAUGA